UUAUUUACAGUAUUUAUGUUUAUCUUAAGAAAUUUAUAAUUGAAUCUUAAAAAUUUUAAUAUACUCAAGUGCUCGAUAUAAACUAGGCUAAUUCGAAAAUGAAUGGCAUGAAAACAUUCUCCAGCUUGCCUUAUUUUUGCCGAGGAACAGUUAUCAAAGGCUUUGGCAGAGGAAGCAAAGAACUUGGUAUUCCCACUGCAAAUUUUCCAGAAUCUGUUGUUGAUAAUUUACCUCAUGAUGUCUCUGCUGGAGUGUAUUAUGGAUGGGGACAAAUAGGUUCAGGUCCUGUGCAUAAAAUGGUUAUGAGCAUUGGAUGGAAUCCAUAUUACAACAACACAAAAAAGUCAAUGGAAACACAUUUAAUUCAUAAAUUCGAUAAAGAUUUUUAUGGCAGUGAACUCGGAGUGGUUAUCCUCGGGUAUAUUCGCCCGGAGACUAAUUUUGACUCCCUGGAAAAGCUUGUUAAAGCCAUUCGUACAGACAUUGAAAUCGCAAAUCAUAAACUAAACCAGGAAGAUGCAAGAGAAUUUUUACUGCAUGACUUUUUCAAACAUCCUGUGGGGCAAUCAUCUACCAAUGGUACACAUAGUAGUUUAUGAUGACAGAUGUUUGGUCAAACCUAUAUUCAUAUAAUGAUUUCAUUGUGAAUAUCAACAUAACGAUAGUUCAAUAUUUUAAAAAUUAUUUUACACAACUUUUAGUUGUAAAUAUUCUAUAUUGAUUUAUGCUAUUGUGAAGCAAAAUCAUGAUAUAUGCGAAAUUUUGCUUGCAUUUAAUUUUACAAAAUUACGAUUGUUUUUAAAUUAAAUUCUUUCGUAAAUACACUGGUCAAUUUUGACACCAGCGUAUAAUUCACAGAAUGUAAUAAAAGUGAAUCAAUAUCUGUAUUGCCAAUUUAUUGAUACAUUCCUCUUUUAAAAUAUACCAUGUUAUGAAUUAUGUGGUAUGGGACUAGUCAUUCUUCUUUCCAGGCUAUUUGAAUUAUAUCCCUGUGCUUUUCCAAAAAUAUUAAUUGUGUGUUAACUGGAAAUAUUUGAAUUAGAAAUAUUUGUACUUUCACCAUUAUUCCUCGAAAUGAGUUUAAUGCUGUCUAUGAUGUUAUUUCGAAUUACUGUGUUUGUAUGUAUUGGCAUGACGGAAGCCUCGAGAAUAUAUGUAAUUACGCUAAUAUGCAAUUUGUAUACAAAACUUAUUUGGGUUAAUAUAAAUUGCAAUGAUAUAUAGUAUAUAAUUUAAAAUUGAAAUUGCUUUAUAAUUUUUUACUUGCUAGAACAGAGGUUGGCAAACUUUUGUCGCUCGCGGGCCAUAAUUGAGGGUUGCAAGUCAUUGGCGGGCCGCACAUAU